AUGUCAAUAAAUGCUGGCAUAGAUAUAAAAAAGAAGUGUAGUGGAAAAUGUAUAGACAAUCCACUGAUAAAGGCUACAAAAUACGAAGUGAAAAACGCUACUAACUAUGAGUACUGUAGCCACUCUAAAAUUUUCACAUGGAUAAGGGAGCUUAGCUAUGGCGGAGAGCCUCUUCAAAUAGAAAGCGGAGGAUCACAUAAACCAUUCACUAGUGAAUAUUAUCAGCUGGAAGAAGUAACCACAUACUACUCUUCGUUAUAUGAUAAUGGAAAGACAACUAUAAAAGUCCCUCUUGUCAUAGGCACCAAAGAAUACUCUACAGGAAGUUAUAAAUGGUACGAAAAUACUAGUAAUAAUAUAGUAUGGAGGAAAAUUGAUCCAAAAGAAUCCAGUAACUUCCCUGUCACAGCUGCAGACACUGUCGAUCAAAAAUUCACCCAAAAACUUAACAAUCUCACAUGCAUUCUACAUAAACUGCACAAAAUUGAUCUAAAGAUAACUCUCCGUGUAUACGAUUGUUCUGUAUGUGGAAAAGCAAAGGUUAAAAUCGGAGAAGAUACUUUACCCGGUGAACUUAACAUAUACAAGAAAUUUGAACAUACUCCCCAAUAUAAAACUGGAGAUAAGUACCACCUUUUCUACGGAUACAAUGAAGUCAGGUAUGAAAAUUCUAGGCGCAACAACCCCUGGACUAACUUUUCAAUCUCAUAUGACGAUAAUGUUAAGGGGAUAACAGUUUAUUACUGGGAUGGAGAUAGCGAUCGUAAGAAUCCUCUCUUAAUCAACAUCGGUCUCACAAGUGGCACAUCACAAUGGUAUGAAAAUGUUAGCCGAGAUGAGAGGAAUACUAGUUGGAGGCUAGUCAGUGAGCAGGUUAUUGGCAAACUUUCCGAGCAACAUCAUCUUAGGGAUAGGCUUCACCUCCUUAAUUGUCAUUUUAACAGUGUUGUACAGAUAAAAUUUGGAGUUACUGGUUGCCAUGUCCCAAAAGAUGGUGGUCAUCCUGAAAGAGUGAGAGCUGUGUAUAAUGGUGAAUUGGGGAAAUAUCCAGAAUUUUCAGCUUAUGAGUAUAUAUCCAACAAGGGAUUUGAGGGUAAGCCAUUCUAUGUAUCUGACUUCUACUGCGAUGGCAAAAAGCAGAACUUUCCACCUGGUUACUUAUCAUUUAAAAAAGUAUCAAAGCUAACAUAUUAUGUGGGUACGGGAGAUCCUUAUAAUCCUUUUCUCAUGUAUCUAGAGUCGGAUGAUCAUAAUGAUAAAAAGUGGUUCAAAAGAACUAAUGGAGAUACUUGGGAAGAAAGUACAAACGAAAAGGAAUUCCAAGGAAAAGAUCCUUCACAGGUUAUACAGCAUCUUGACAAAACUUUUGAAAAUAUAAAAUGGACAUUAGGUCUUAAAGAUAUCGGAAAAGCUCCGACAUCUGGUUUACAAUUGGACAUUAGAGUAACACCGCACGGGAAUAAGGAGGAAGAGGUUUACUACGAUGAUACCAGUCCAGAAACUAGAAAUAUUCCCAUAAAGGUUACAAAGGGUACCGAUGACCUACAAAAAGGAUUCUUUAAGAAUUCUCACAAACCUCAUACUUAUAAGGAUACUUUUGUUGUUAAGCACUUUUUAAAAGAUGGAGAUAAGAUUGGAGCUGGUAUACAGAGAGAUGUCGGAGAUUUCUUUGUAUAUUUCUGGCAAGGGGCUCCUAGCGAACCAAUUCUACUUGGAAUUAAGAAACAGAAUGAAGAUCAUAAGUACUAUGGAAAAAAUGGCACUAAAAGGGGUCUAUCUUGGUUGACUGGUCAAGUGGAUAGAAUGGAUAAACAACAGGCACUAGAUAGUCAAAAUUGUUACAUCAAUAAUGCAAUUCCUGUUGAGUUAACAAAUCCCACUAAUCUUCUGCAAUUUUGGUGCCAAGAUAAACCUGGUUGUCUAAAGGGGAAAAAGAUCACAGUAGUUCAAUCUAACCAUAACCUUGAACUUCCUUCUGGAGCUAAUGAUAUAUACACAGUGGAUUCCUAUAAGAUUCCUCCUAAUACGAAAGUAUCUAGAGUUACAUAUGAAAAGAAAGACACCGACAUAACUCCACCUUAUGAUGAAAACAUUUCUAACCUUAGGAUUUAUAAAUGGAAAGGUUCUAAUAUUCCUCUACUUGUUGAGUUUGUCAAAGAGGGUGGUAAAGGAUCUGUAUUCUUUGAAAACAUUGGUAAAAGCAUGCCACAUACGAAAUGGAGGCGUAUCGAAGAUUCAAAGGACUUUUAUGAUAACAUUGGUUCCAUAUCCACAUUUACCGAGAAUUUUACUAAGAAACUAAACGAGAUUAACUGUUAUCUCAACGAUGCAGUAACCUUGGAUCUUACAAAAACCAAUUCUGAGGCAAUUUCUAAGAAGAGUCCCAGUAGCGGAAAUAAUAGAUACUGUUGUACUUACCAUGAAAAGCAGAAUGAUGGUAAGGGUGGAAAUAUCAGUGUUAAUAAUGGACCAGUUCCUUUCAAUGGAGAUUCCAUUAAGUACUAUAAACAUGAGGUUACAUCAGGAAUACCAGUUGCUGGUGUAUAUUACCAGGACGGUUCUGAUCUAAGGAAGAGAAUAAAAAUUCCUGGCCUUGAAAAUCCUAGAAAUUAUUCCGUAAAGGUAUAUUCUUUCUAUUGCGCAGGGAAUGAUCCCAAACUCAUUUAUGUUGAUUCGUCCGUGCACAAUGUUACUGGCUGGUACGGGAAGGGAAGCGAUGAUAUAUGGAAAAAGGCUUUACGUGGAGUAGAUGAUCCAGAUAACAUUAAAGAUUGUCAAAGUUGGACUCAGCUUAACGAUGAACUUAGGGAACGUGGUUGUAAAGACUAUGGACCAUGUACUGCUGAUUCUACUCAGCAUUCAUAUAAAGAACAAGAUGCUGUUCUUGGAACUAAAGGUAAAAAUAAUGAACUAUGUGUUCCAGAAGGAGAUAAAAAAGAACCUGCCCUUAAAUCUGCUGCUAGUGGUUUAGAUGAUAAAGGUCCUGGAGUAGGAGGCUUUGAUGGAAAAAUUCAGACUAAUACAGAACGUGGGUUAUUGAGUUUGAGUUAUGUUCUUGCUCAAACUCUUGGAAAAACACUACUUGAGAAAGCAGGAGAUGCAGCCCUAAAUUUAAUGGCAUCCUCUCUUAAAGACACUGUAACUCACAACUCUGCAUCUCUUCAGUUACCAAACGUUGGUGAUGUUCAACCUUCUGGAAAUACUCAACAACGUGGUACAUUUCUCAAAACUGAUACUUCAUUUCCUACUAAUCCUGGCUCUAGUUAUAGUGGUGGUACUGGUCCAGGAUCUCAACAACCUGGUGAAGCUCCUUCUCCUCAACUUGAUCCUACUGCUUCUAGAGGACCUACUCCUGGACCUCAAGGACCUGGUAAUAGAGAACCUAAUGGUGAAGUAUUUGGUCCCGGAGAACCUGGUACAGAUCCUGUUGUUGGUUCUGUUACUGAAGAUGCUCAAGCUAGAGUAAGCUCUGCUACUCCUAGUACUGUAGAUUGCUCUGAAAGUGCUGGAGGACUAGACCCUGAUGCUCCUGUUCCUGAAGAUGAACCUCCUAAAGAAGCUCAAACUACUGAAGUUGAUGGAGGACAUACUCCUUCUACUCCUACUACUGUUACUCAAACUGAAGCUUCUUCUGAAGCUAAAUAUUCUACUCUUCAAUCUCCUACUGCUACUUCUCCUACUGAUGAUCAAACUGCUGCUACUACUUCUCCUACUGAUGAUCAAACUGCUGCUACUACUUCUCCUACUGAUGAUCAAACUGCUGCUACUACUUCUCCUACUGAUGAUCAAACUGCUGCUACUACUUCUCCUACUGAUGAUCAAACUGCUGCUACUACUACUACUGAAGAACCUCAUACUUCUACUCAAACUCCUCCUAUUCAACAACCUCAACCUGCUCUUCCUAAAACUGAAGCUGAGGUUAAACCUGUUCCUACUACUAUUACUACUACUCAAGUUCCUCCUCCUGAUGACAAGUCUUCUACUUCUACUACUAAUAUUCUUGUCUCGACGGGUAGUACUAUUACUACUGAAGCUUCUGCUCCUGGAGAUGCUCAAGCUUUUGCUGAAAUUCCUAUUGCUACUGGUCUUGGUAUAUGGUCAAUCUCUGGUAUAUCCUCAGGCACUCUUACCGGAGCUGGUGGUUUUACUGGAUUUGGGUGGGACUUGAAAUACAUUGAAGCUCUAAAUAUUGAUUUGAAAAUGUACAAGAAUCUUUCGAGAUAUCUUUCCAACCUUGCUACGCAAAAUAUAUUAAAGAACUGCACAUCGCAUCUUAGCUUCAGUUCUAAGGCGAGUAACAAGGGUUCAGAAUUCUUCAUUACUAGUGCUAUCGCAUAUACAAAUGGUCUUCCACAUAUUGGUCACGCAUAUGAAGCAAUAUGUUGUGACGUGUUGGCACGUUUUCAUAGGCUCACCGGAAAGCGCGUAAUAUUCUCCACUGGAACUGAUGAACAUGGACAGAAGGUGGACCAAAAGGCGCAAUCUCAGGGUAAAGCUCCAAUUGAAGUUUGUGAUUUUUAUUCAAAUGCAUUUGUUGAACUGUACAAAAAAUUACAAAUCAUGUAUGAUGAUUUUGUCAGAACUACGGAAGAGAGACAUCAUACAAUUGCCCGUUCUUUAUGGAGCACAGUUGCAGAGAUUGGUGACAUUUACUCUGGUACAUACAAGGGUUGGUACAGUGUGCGUGAGGAAAGAUUCAUCCCUGGCGCAGAGGCUAAGCUCACGAAUUUUUGUGAUCCCUGCACGGGUGUUCAAUAUCAGCAAGUAGAAGAACCGAGUUACUUUUUUGUUAUGGAAAAGUACAGGAAGAGGCUUGUUGAGCACAUUGAAACGCACCCGGACUUCAUUAUGCCUGAACGUACACGAAAUGAAAUAUUAAGUAGACUACAAAACAAACUGGAUGAUUUAUCUAUAAGCAGGACAACUUUUUCUUGGGGAAUUCCGGUUCCUGGUGAUGAUAAGCACGUGAUGUAUGUCUGGUUUGAUGCUCUAUCAAACUACGUUACCGCUAGUAAAACUGCAUCCAUAUGGCCUCCGGAUGUUCAAGUUAUUGGGAAAGAUAUCGCAUGGUUUCACUGUGUGAUUUGGCCUUGCAUGCUUAUGGCACUAGGGAAGGAACUUCCAAGGACUAUAUUUUCCCACGGUUUUAUCCAGAGUUCGGAUGGACGCAAAAUGAGUAAGUCUCUUGGAAAUGUUAUGGAUAUGGACUUUUUAUUGGGCACUUUUGGAGUAGAAUCGUUGAGAUACUAUCUAAUUCGCUCAAGUAUAUUUGGUGCAGAUGUAUCGUUUGAUCUAGAUUCACUUGUUGAUCUUUAUAAUGCCGAUUUGGCGGAUGUAAUCGGAAAUCUUGUGCACCGUGUAACAUCCUUGUGCACUAAGUACUGCGAUGGGAAGAUCCCAGAACCUGUGCAAGUGCGUAUUAAGAAACCUAUAGACACGAUGCAGAUUUUAGAAAAUUGCAUAAGCUCUAUGGAAAACCAAAAUUUGCAAGGGUUUAUCGUACAUGUAAUUGGUGGAUUUAAAGAAUGCAACGCAUAUUUGACACAAAUGGCUCCGUGGUCGUGCAACGAUCCCAUCUACAGAAGUGCAUACAUACGCAUUCUCUUGGAAAGUAUAUACUUUUUGGCACACUUAUUGCAACCUGUACUACCUAACGCAUCACUGUCCAUUUUUGAAAAAUUUGGCUCAAAACAGAAGUGUCUGUCUGAACUUGUACAUACUUUUGAUAAUUUACAACAAGGAGUAAAUGUUACAGUCGGAGAGGUACUUUUUAAGAAACUGGAAAAGGCAAAGCAAGAGUAA